CAUCAAUGUCAGAGGAUCAUGGAAAUACACCACGCUCAGCUACUCGAUGAGAGGAAUGGAUGUCCCUAAGUUUAGUUCUUUAAGCGUGAUUAAGCGCACACCAAUUGCACCUGUAUAAAACCACCUCCUGCCAUUCUCUUUCCAUGUUCGUGACAAAGGACAGUGGACAUUCCUAGAAAUUAGAGCGAGCUCUAAGAAUGCCCAUAAUGGAUAAAAGUUAUACGAGAGCAGUGGAGCUCCUCAAUGCUCGAAUACGGCCACAGAGAUCAAACGUUCCAGCUACUCUUACUACAGGGCCGAAGCCAACCUUGAACGGCGAGGCUCAAUUGACUGGAGUACCCAGCAUAUCUGGUAUGAAGGAGUGGUUGAGAGAACUUGGCCAUUCACCUGAGGAUAUAAAUCGACUGAACAUAGUUCACGUAGCUGGAACCAAGGGCAAAGGGAGUACGUGUGCGUUCAUCGAGUCAUUUCUACGGAGCCAUGGAAGGAGAACUGGAUUCCCUAGAAAGACCGGACUCUAUACCUCACCCCACCUAAUCCACCCAGAAGAAAGAAUACGAAUCAACUUCCACCCCAUAUCGCGAGACCUAUUCGCCCAGUAUUUCUUCGAGGUAGAAGAAAUCCUAUCUAAAGGCAAGGGCAGAAGACCGCGACACCUCCAACUGUAUUUCAUAUUCGCCCUCCAUGCAUUCAUCCGAGAAGGUGUAGACGCAGCAAUCAUCGAGACUCACCACGGCGGAGAAUACGACUCAACAAACAUCAUUGAGAAACCAGUCGUCACCUGCAUCACCACCUUAGGACUCGACCAUAUCCAGCAACUCGGUUCGUCCCUGGAGAGUGUAGCAUGGCACAAAGCCGGAAUCUUUAAGCCCGGUGCCCGCGCUGUCUCCGCGCCGUCCGCCGGGGACGCAAAAUCGAUGAUCCGGGCCCGAGCCGAAGAGAAAGGGGUCUCGCUAGAAUUCGUGAAGCAAGAUCCUGUCCUCCCGGAAGGCACGAUACCACUGAAGCCCGACAUUCUCCGAACCAAUUGUAGUGUAGCCAUCUCCGCCGCGAGAGCCUUUCUCGAGCAAACCACCCGCGGAGAGCCUUCCCCGCUCAGUGAUGAGGAUAUUGUCGAGGGUAUAAAACAAUGGUCGUGGCCUGGACGAUUCCAGAUCGAGGUCGAGGGGUCGAAUACUUGGUAUCUGGAUGGAGCACACAACGAGAUUAGCCUGACGAAAGCUGCUGAAUGGUUCAUUGAGACUGCCCAACCUGACACAGCUAUUGGAGCCAACAUCCUGAUAUUCGCCCAGAUCACAAAGGUUAGAGAAGGGGGACCUGUGGUAGAGUGUCUGGCUAGAGCUUUGGGAGGAUAUAUUAAGCACGUAAUCUUCACAACGUAUCGUAAAAACAAGGAUUUAGAAGUGAGGACGGAGGAAAAGGACUUUGAUAUGGCCCAAUUGCACGGGGGGUAUACAGAGGUUUGGAAGAAGGUUCAACCCGACGCUGAUAUCGUCAUUGAGGAGAAUGUAGAAGGAGCAUUGGAAGCUGCGAGAAGAAUUGGCGAAAAGCACGGUGGUACGAUGAGGACUUUUGUCACUGGAAGUCAGCAUUUGGUAGGCCCCGCACUUCAAUUGAUCAAGAAUAUCCCGUAGGACGAC